AGUACGCUGUAAUGUUUGGUGACGGUGUAGUUCAUUCUUUCGCAUGGAUUACGGUAAGUAAAUAGUGACGUAGAGACACACCUUCACUCACGCGCUUGGCGCUAGUUGCCAUGGAAGGUCAUCAAGUGCAAAACCGGCUGAGGCAACAACACCCUGCGCAAAGACAUUACACCUGGCGGUGGGUACGGAAUGAAAUACGGACCCCUGAGGUUCAAGAGACAACGAUUAGGAAACCACCAUCAGUGACUGAUUGCUGUUUACGGGUCCACUAUGUUUUUACAGCAGGAAGAGUGAGUGAGAGAGUGAUUAAGUCUGUCAGAUUCAGUAUGUCUGCAUGGGUGCAGCAGGAGGCUGGUCCAACCAGUUCUGCUGAAGACACGAAAUUAGAGCCCAGAGGCCAGGAGAAGAAAUGCUCAUGGGCGUCUUACAUGACAAACUCCCCCACCAUGAUUGUCAUGAUCGGCCUCCCUGCCAGAGGCAAGACGUAUAUGUCAAAGAAACUCACACGCUACCUCAACUGGAUAGGAGUUCCAACAAAGGUGUUUAACCUGGGGGUGUAUCGGAGGGAAGCAGUUAAAGCCUACAAGUCUUAUGACUUCUUCAGACAUGACAAUGAGGAAGCCAUGAAGAUACGAAAACAGUGUGCCUUGGUGGCCCUGGAAGAUGUAAAGACCUACCUUAAUGAGGAAGGUGGACAAAUAGCUGUAUUUGAUGCUACAAACACAACUCGGGAGAGGCGGGAUCUUAUAUUAGAUUUUAUACAGGAGAAUGCAUACAAGGUGUUUUUUGUGGAGUCAGUAUGUGAUGAUCCAGAGGUUAUUGCAGCUAACAUCCUGGAUGUCAAGGUUUCAAGUCCAGACUAUCCAGAGACACACAGAGAGCGAGUCAUGGAUGAUUUCCUGAAACGCAUAGAAUGUUAUAAAGUCACUUACCAGCCACUAGAUCCUGAUGAAUAUGACAAAGAUUUGUCCUUCAUUAAGGUGAUGAAUGUGGGUCGUCGGUAUCUGGUGAACCGUGUUCAGGACUACAUCCAGAGCAAGAUCGUCUACUACCUCAUGAACAUCCACGUGCACUCGCACUCGAUCUACCUGUGCAGGCACGGAGAGAGCGAACACAACGUCCAGGGCCGCAUUGGAGGAGAUUCUGAACUCUCCCCCCGAGGGAGACAGUUUGCGAGCGCCCUGCGUGAGUUCAUUGAGGAGCAUAAGCUGUCUGACUUGAAGGUUUGGACCAGCCAGUUAAGAAGAACCAUCCAGACGGCUGAAGAGCUGGGAGUUCCGUAUGAACAGUGGAAAAUCCUCAAUGAGAUAGAUGCUGGUGUAUGUGAAGAGAUGACCUACGAAAUGAUCCAGAACACAUUCCCAGAAGAGUUUGCUUUAAGGGAUCAGGAUAAAUACCACUACAGAUACCCGGGAGGAGAGUCGUAUCAGGACCUGGUUCAGCGACUAGAGCCUGUGAUUAUGGAGCUUGAGAGACAAGGCAAUGUACUAGUCAUCUGCCACCAGGCAGUUAUGCGCUGCCUACUAGCCUAUUUCUUGGACAAGAGUGGAGAUGAUCUGCCCUAUUUGAAAUGUCCCCUUCAUACUGUCAUGAAGCUCACUCCGGUUGCUUAUGGCUGCAAAGUGGAGAUGUUUUAUCUGAAUGUGGAGGCAGUGAAUACACAUCGGGACAGACCACUGGGGAAAGUCAGACGAGACUCCGCCCCUCUGCUAAGGCGGAAUAGUUACACCCCCCUCUCCAGUCAUGACCAGGUUAAGCGGCCCCGCCUCUACAGCGCUGGCAACCGGCCCUGGCUGCCCCUCACCCCCUCCCCCACCACCCUGCACAUCCCCGACUCGCCAGACGGGGCGCUGCUGCUUCAGCAAAGCCAAGACUCCUUGCGUGAAGGAAUCAACUUUGACUGCCCAGACGAAGCUAAUGACUGUUUCCGCUUCUGAAUGAGAUGGGCGAAUUUCCAAAAUCCUGCAUGAAAAUGAAACUUUGCUUUUAGAUUCUCCCACUCCCCACCUUCUGCUUGCUUUUUCGGUGACGGAACUACAUUUCCCAUCAGCCCCUUGCAUGACAAAUCACCACUGCUGUGACUACAAUGAAUCCUAUAAUUUAUCAUCAAGAGAUAUACGUAUAUUGAUAACUUAAAUAUGCUCAGUUAUUUUAAGUGAUGAUGCCUUAUUGAAGACGGAGCAGAGGAGAUCCUCUCCAUGAACUGAAUGUGAUCUGUUAUACUUUGGACACGAUGUGGGUUGUGCAAAUGAUGAUAACCUCAGUACAGAGUUUGUGUUGCAAUACAGUGUUGUUUGCAACAAUGCAUUUUCACAAUCAUAACUAUUACAACACAGACUGUAGCCAGUCAUCCGAAUGAAGAAAAGCUUCUUUCAGGGAAUCAGUGGGACAGAGAUUAGAGGAACAGUAUAUAUAUUAUAACAAGUAAGUUUGUGCACAUUGUGGCUUAAAAGGAAUGCACUUAAUGAGAGAUUUUUAAUGACAAUGAAAUUUUUUUUUUUUGUCUUGCACAUUUUCUUAAUAAGAAUGAUAGUCCUAUGGGAUAUUGUACAAAGUUCAAGCUUGUGAUGUAAUAUUUUUAUAGAAACGUAUUUGUGUGCAGCAUCAGGACAAAAUGACAAGGAUUUGUAGGUUGCCGUAUUUAAAUGAGGUUUAUUUUAUAGGUCAGGUCUCUGCUGGAGAUGCUACAAAUAUAGUUGUUUUAUUAAGGUUUUGAAUGUAGUCUGUGCUCUUUAACCAAGAAAUGUUUUCUCUGGUUAUGUGUUUGUUAAAAAACUGGAAUUACUAGCUUUACAAGUAUUUUUGUGCGAGGAGCUGCACUAAAAUACAAUUCACAUCUCAAUCAACAGCAUGUCAUCAACCAAUGACACUGCAUAAAACAGUUAAAUAAUGUGCCCUAUGACUAUCUUAUGGUUGAAUGUUUAAUGAAAAAAUAUCUCAAGUUCUGUAUCUGUCCACUAAUUCUUUCCAUUUUUUAAACAUAUUUAAUCAUGUUUUGCCUCGCUACUUCAUUUUAAAUGAAGGUGUGACAUUAUU